GCUAUUCAAAGCGAGCGUUAUAAAUCGAAUGCAUCGAAUUUUGACAGUUAUAUGUCAAAAGUGGAAGUGUCAAACAAGAAACGUCAGAUCGACUUGUACAUGUGCGUUCAAGUUUAAAAAAAAUGUGUUUGGUACAUUUUUGAGCAAGAAGUAGUGAUAACUGCAAACAAAAAUGAAAGAAGUUCCAGUCCUAACAAAUUCCAAAAAAGAGUUCAUCAAUCCGAAGUCUCAACAAAAUAAAAUUUUAGGGUCGUUAGGUGCUCCUCAUGUAGAUUCAUUUAAUUAUAUGCUGGACGAGGGAUUGGCUGAUUGUGCAAAACACAUUCACCCGGUAGAAUUUGAGAUUCCCAGUGGGGAUCGUGUGAAAUUGUUCAUAGAGAGCAUAUCUAUAGCACAGCCGCAAGUUCCAGCAUCAUGUAUUUCAGCACGUAAUAAAAAGAUUUAUCCGACCGAAUGUAGACAACGGGCAGGCACCUACACGGGUGCUUGUACAGUGGGUGUUGGUUGGGCUGUAAAUGGCGUUUCCAAACCUACAGUGGAUAAAUCCAUGGGUGAGAUUCCUGUUAUGCUUCGGUCCAAAGCGUGUAACUUGAAUGGAUUAACGCCCGAACAGCUUAUAAAACGAGGUGAACACGAAAAUGAGUGGGGAGGAUAUUUUGUGAUGAAGGGUCAUGAGAAAUUGAUCCGUAUGCUGUUAAUGACACGGAAAAACUUUCCAAUUACCGUUCAACGUAACACAUGGAAAGAUCGCGGACAACAUUUCGGAGAUAUUGGUAUUAUGGUGAGAACAGUACGGACUGAUCAAACGGCAACGACAAACGUUCUUCAUUACCUAACAAAUGGUACAGCCAAAUUCAUGUUCACUUAUCGCAAAACAUUUUCAUUUAUUCCGGUGGUUCUUCUAUUGAAAUCGUUGAAAAACUGCACGGACGAGCACAUAUACCAACGCCUAAUUGCUGGCUAUGAAGAUGAUCAAUACUACGACAGCUGUAUACAGAAAAUGCUGCGCAGUGUUCAUGACGAAACUGGAAUGCAUACUUAUGAAGACUGUAAAAAGUAUCUGGGUGAAGUGUUUCGUUCGAAAUUUUACCAUUUACCUGCGUGGAAAAGUCACGAAGAAAUCACAGAUUAUAUGCUCAACGAGUGCAUUCUUAUCCAUCUUGAUGAUCACGAUGACAAGUUCGAUUUCAUUGUGCUGAUGACGCAAAAGCUAUUCCAAUGUGCACAGAAUAAAUACAAAAUUGAAAAUUCCGAUAGCGUAAUGAUGCAAGAAGUUCUUCUUGGCGGACAUUUAUAUCAGAAGGUUAUUAAAGAUCGUGUCGAAAAUUGGUUGGAGCAAUUGCGAUAUGCUAUCCUAAAACAAUCCGAACAAACGAACUUUGUUCCGAAUGCAACGAACUUUGUGCAAGCAUGCAAAAUUGCAGGAUCUAUUGAAAGGACCGUUUCGAACUUUUUGUCCACUGGAAAUUUGGUAUCUAAAUCAGGAUUAGGUUUGAUGCAGGCUUCAGGAUUAGUGAUUAUGGCAGAAAACAUCAAUAGAAUGCGAUAUAUGUCACAUUUCAGAGCAGUACAUCGUGGAUCAUUCUUCGUAGAGAUGCGUACAACAGAAGCGCGUCAAUUACUUCCAGAUGCCUGGGGAUUUAUUUGUCCCGUACAUACGCCCGAUGGUUCCCCUUGUGGUCUUCUCAAUCAUUUGACCAUAGAUUGUGUGGUUUCUGAUUCGCCAAAAACAGCAAUUGUCGACAAUGUACCACGCGUUCUAGUCAAUUUGGGAAUGAUUCCGUUGAAUUCAGCACGAAUCAACUAUAAAAACCAUUUUGUCGUCAUGUUGGAAGGAAAAGUAAUUGGUCACAUAAACAAAAUCAUGGCACAACAAGUUUGCGUUGAGUUACGUCUUUUGAAAAUAGGGGGAAAACAGGUGCCAAAAUUCAUGGAAAUUGUGCUGGUUCCAGAUAUAAAGAAUGGCCAAUUUCCGGGUCUAUUCUUGUUCGUUGGACCUGCUCGAAUGAUGCGUCCCGUUAAAAAUUUAAAAGCCAAUAAAAUUGAAUAUAUCGGUUCCUUUGAACAAGUUUACAUGAACGUAUGCAUUGAUGCCGAGGAAGCAUACGAAGGCGUAACAACGCACAUGGAAAUAUCGAAGACUGCAUUCAUGUCCAAUCUGGCCAAUUUGAUACCAAUGCCCGAUUGCAACCAAUCUCCACGUAACAUGUACCAAUGUCAAAUGGGAAAGCAAACGAUGGGAACACCAACACACACCUGGCAGUUACAAUCUGAAACCAAAUUGUACCGUCUUCAAACCCCGGCAACACCGUUAUUUAGACCGGUCCACCACGAUAACAUCGAAAUGGAUGAUUUUGCAAUGGGAACCAAUGCAUUGAUUGCCGUCAUUUCUUACACUGGCUAUGACAUGGAAGAUGCUAUGAUCAUCAAUAAAUCGGCUGACGAACGAGGUUUUGCACACGGCAGUAUUUACAAGUCUCAGUUCAUCGAACUAGAUGGUACGAGCUUCUUUGCUCGAAAUCCACAUGACAAAAAACUAGAUACAUUCAUUGAUAAUGACGGUCUUCCGUAUCCUGGACGAAGAAUCAAACCAAUGGAAGUUUUAUACUGCUUUUUUGAUACAAACGAAAGCGUAUACAAGACCAAGAAGUACACUGGAAGUGAGAAAUGUGUUGUGGAUAAUGUGAAACUAUGCGGUACAUUCAAUACAGACUCGAAAAAAAUUGUUUGCCUAACUCUUCGCGUUCCAAGAAAUCCAACUGUUGGAGAUAAGUUUGCAUCGCGUGCCGGUCAGAAAGGUAUUCUGUCCCAGAAGUGGCCGGCUGAAGAUCUUCCGUUCACCGAAAGUGGUCUAAUUCCGGACAUUGUGUUCAAUCCACACGGUUUCCCAUCUCGUAUGACGAUUGCCAUGAUGAUCGAAACAAUGGCAGGCAAAAGUGGUGCAUUACAUGGCUUUGUACAUGAUGCAACACCAUUUAGAUUCGAUGAGAAAAACACUGCAAUCGAUCAUUUCGGUCGACUCCUUCAAGCUGGUGGAUAUAACUAUUACGGCACUGAACGUGUAUAUAGUGGAAUUGAUGGUCGAGAAAUGACGGCCGAUAUUUUCUUAGGCGUAGUACAUUAUCAGCGUCUACGACAUAUGGUCUCUGAUAAGUGGCAAUGCCGGUCAACAGGUGCCAUUGAUAAUGUGACUCAUCAGCCGGUGAAAGGCCGAAAACGGGGUGGAGGUGUACGUUUUGGUGAAAUGGAACGAGAUGCAUUGAUCGCACACGGAGCCUCAUUCUUGUUGCAGGAUCGUCUUUUACAUUGUUCUGACAAAAUAUCGACCAUAAUUUGCAAAUCAUGUGGAACGUUGCUGGGACCAGUUGCAGAUAUCGUGAAACAAGAUAAUGAUGCAAUUAAUCGGACUGCAGCUACUUGUCGUCUGUGCAAGGAUAAAUCGGCGAUAGAAAACAUUCAAAUACCGUACAUCUUUAAAUAUCUUGUAGCGCAGCUCAGUUCUGUCAAUAUUAAUGUUAAAAUGAACUUUUCAUCAAUCUAAUAAAAAAGUAACCUCCCAAUAAAUAUGAAAAAGAAAGAAAAAAAA